GAUCCGAAUCAGCUUAUUCGAGCCAGUGCUCUACGAGUUUUGUCGAGCAUACGCGUUCCGAUGAUUGCACCAAUAAUGCUGCUGGCGAUAAGGGAAUCAGAGAGUCUCCAGCCGGAACUUAUUGAAUGCAUUGAUUAUCUUUUGGGCGAUAAACGCACAUUGGCAAUUGCGGAUGUGGAUGAAUGGGGCCAAGUGGUGAUGAUUGGCCUUUUGACACGUUAUGCCCGGUGCCAGUUUGUUGCGCCCAGCGAAACAGCCGUCGAUUCGGACUUAACACUCCUCCUUUCGUCGUGUCGUCCGUUGCUCCAGAGUCGAAACUGUGCAGUUGUAAUGGCUGUAGCACAACUUUUUUAUCAUUGCGCACCACCGGCGCAACUCUCAAUCAUCUCACGUGCGCUUGUGCGCCUUCUACGUGGACCACGUGAAGUGCAGAGUGUUGUACUAGUCAACAUUGCAACAAUUUGUGCAACAAACCCGGUACUUGGACGUCCUAAUUUUGCUAUAAGCAACAAUAUGUUCGAGCCAUUUCUGAAAAGUUUUUUCAUACGUCCUGCGGAACCGAAACAUAUCAAACUGCUGAAACUUCAAGUGCUAACAACAUUGGUUUCAGAAACUAACGUGCAACUGGUCUUACGCGAACUUCAGAAUAUGUUCGAGCCAUUUCUGAAAAGUUUUUUCAUACGUCCUGCAGAACCGAAACAUAUCAAACUGCUGAAACUUCAAGUGCUAACAACACUGGUUUCGGAAACUAACGUGCAACUUGUCUUACGCGAACUUCAGACCUAUGUUAAUAUUGCGGAAAUGGCAGAUGCUGCUGUGGAUGCGAUUGGCCAGUGCGCAGUGCGUGUGAAUUCGGUUGCCGAUUCUUGUCUCUCCGGUUUAGUCUCGCUGAUCGCAUCAUCAAAUGAAAACGUCGUUUCGGCAGCAGUUGUCACCUAUGUUAAUAUUGCGGAAAUGGCAGAUGCCGCUGUGGGUGCGAUUGGCCAGUGCGCAGUGCGUGUAAAUUCGGUUGCUGAUUCUUGUCUCUCCGGUUUAGUCUCGCUGAUCGCAUCAUCAAAUGAAAACGUCGUCUCGGCAGCAGUUGUCGUUUUGAAACGGUCCACAUUUGAGCCCUUUUUGAAAAAUAUUUUACUUACUUAGAA